CCUCUGAGUUCAUGCUCCCUUCCUGAAGACGUGAUAUUAGACUGGACAUCUCUGUAGAGCUGACUCGUGCAGCUUGUCGCCUGCUCCUGCUGCCCACACGGUUUGAUGCUUAGUGAGCAUGCGGUCUGUAAAGUGGCCACCUUCUCCUGCCUGUGACUCAGCCACUGUGGAGGUCAAGAUGGAUGACCUGCACCGUAAACUAGACCAGCUUUUAGCACGCGGCUCUGUGGGAAGCUGUCCAAUGUGUGGGAUGUGUACACAACAUAGCAGACAACAAGAGGCUACAGUCAGCCAGCUUUCAGCUCAGGCCAAACUUCUUGAGAACUUGGAGAGGAAAGUCGUGGACCUGAGGACUGCACUGGAGGAACUGGCGCAAGGUUUAGAAGACAGGCCUUGGGACAAAAUGUCUGUACCUUUAGUGGCUUUCCAAAGAAGAAAAUCGUUGCCUGUGCGGACAUCAGUGGAUGAAGUCUAUGUGCAGUUGGAUAAACUCAGAGAUCAAAAAUUAAUCCCGCAUACUAUUAAUGCACCCUGUGGGAAAGGUCAUGAAGACAUUCUGAUUGAAGAUACAGAAGAUGAGGGGCAAAAAGGAAAUGGGUCACCACUAACUUCAGAAAGCAAAGCUUUGCUUCAUUCUCAAUCAAACAAAGAAGUUAACAAAGAUUUGUCAAAAGUGGCUCCAUGCUCGGUAAAAUCACAGCAUGGGAAUAAAACGCCAAAUACUGCCAAGGUGAGCCAACUGGCAUCUCCAUUAAGCCAAAAUAGUUCCAAGACAACAGUCGGGGUUUGUCCAACACCUACAGCAACGUCAAAGACGGAUACACCUUUACCAAAGUUGAUCCCGCCGUCACCAAAGGUUGUACCGAUAAUUCCCGGUCCUAAAACCACGACAACAGCAACAUCAAGGGUCACACAAGCUUCCGUUCCCUUUAAAGCAACCGUCUCUUUGUCUACAACAACAACAACCGUACAAACUACAACACUAUCAACUAACCAAAAGCUCCCAGCUUUAUGGGCUGCUCCAGUCACAACUGUUGAUACGUCUAUGUCUAGUAGUUUACAGAGGUUAAAUGUAACUGAGAAUGCUGCACCACCAUUAUCUGGCCAUUGUGUUCAAAAGGCAAGUUUAGGAGUUCCCACUGGAGUGUCAGAAACCAAAGCGAAAUCUCCGCAAUCGGCUGUGUUGGAAAAAGUAGACUUGAAAUUAUCCCAGCCGAACAGCACCAUCACAAAACCCAUAGCGAAAAGAGAUGAAAUGCUACCACCAAAAACUACUGCAUUUCCUUCAGUCAACUCCGUGCCCAAUUCUCCACCAAAACCCACAGCUACUGGGACCUGGGCACCAAGCCAUCAACUUCCAAAGAUUUUGAAUGUUGGUGCUCCUGUAGCAAUUGAUAGACAGGCCUUCAACAAUUGGACAAGCAACAAAAACACUAGCAAUGAAAUUGCCCACAUUAUUUCCCCAACACCAUCAGCAGCAUCUUCCUUCCUCAAACAUGUCUACAGCUGCCCCGACGCCUUACAAAGUCUUCAGGUUCCUGGAAGAAAGAGUGAGUCUGCUACCAUGGUAACACCGCUAUCUGGAAAGCCUGGUAAUAUUUCAGGAGGAGUGACUUAUGCUGGACCACUAAAAACUGGAGGAAUACAAAUCAAGCUUAGUCCAGCACCUGAGACAGCCACAAGUCAGACCAAAAUGCCACCCAAAAUGUGCUUCAAAGUUAUAGAUGAUGUUUCACCACAGCCAGCUCUUUUCCCACAUCGGUUCGUGUCUCUAAAGACGAGUCCACCAUCUGACUUCAGCAUCCACACCAGAGAAGUGCUGGGAGGUGGACGUUUUGGCAAAGUGCACAAAUGCACGGAAAAUAAAACUGGACUGAGACUGGCAGCGAAGAUCAUCAGUACAAGAAGUGCCAAAGAGAGGGAAAUGGUGCUGAAUGAGAUUGAGGUAAUGAACCAGCUGAGUCACUCCAACAUCCUCCAGCUGUUUGAUGCUUUUGAGACCAAAAAUCAAGUCGUGUUGGUUCUGGAGUAUGUGGAGGGAGGCGAGCUGUUUGAGAGGAUCGUGGAUGAGAGCUGUCCCCUGACCGAAGUGGACGCCAUGGUGUUUGUGAAGCAGAUCUGCGAGGGAGUCCAGUACAUGCACCAGAUGUACGUUCUUCACCUCGACCUAAAGCCCGAGAACAUCCUCUGUGUGAACCGGUCGAGUCAUCAGAUCAAGAUCAUCGACUUUGGGCUCGCCAGAAGGUACAAACCACGAGAGAAGCUCCGAGUUUCAUUCGGGACACCUGAGUUCUUGGCGCCAGAGGUUGUCAACUUUGACUUUGUUUCCUUCCCUACAGAUAUGUGGACUCUAGGAGUCGUCACGUACAUGCUGUUAAGCGGACUGUCUCCAUUUCUGGGUGAUGAUGACAGCGAAACUCUAAACAACAUAUUAACAGUUAACUGGUAUUUUGAUGAGGAGACCUUUGAGCACAUUUCUCCCGAGGCCAAAGACUUUAUCUCCAACCUGCUCAUCAAAGAAAGAAGUGGACGUCUUAGUGCUGCUCAGUGUCUUAAGCACCCCUGGCUGAAUAAUAUAUCGGAGAAAGCAAAGCGGAGCAAUAUUAUCCUUAAGUCACAGGUGAUCCUCAAGAAAUACAUGGCCAGGCGGCUAUGGAAGAAAAACUAUAUUGCUAUCGCAGCAGCCAACCGGUUUAAGAAGAUUGGCAGCUCAGGAUCUCUCACAUCACUGGGAGUUUGAAAUGUUACUCAUCACUGACUUGUAAUAAAUGUAGUGUUAUGUUAUUAUG